AUGGCCGACCGAUACUCGUUUUCUCUGACUACCUUUUCCCCUAGUGGGAAGCUUGUGCAGAUUGAGUAUGCUUUAAAUGCCGUCAACCAAGGUGUGACGGCGCUAGGAAUCAAAGCCACCAACGGAGUUGUGCUUGCUACGGAGAAAAAAUCCUCAUCACCGCUGAUCGAUCCCACCUCACUCUCGAAGAUCUCCCUGAUCACGCCCGAUAUCGGUAUGGUAUACUCUGGCAUGGGCCCAGACUACAGGGUGCUCGUAGACAAAGCGCGCAAGACUUCACACACCAGCUACAAACGAAUUUACAACGAAUAUCCUCCCACGAGAAUACUUGUACAAGAUGUUGCGCGAGUGGUGCAGGAAGCCACGCAGUCAGGUGGCGUGCGGCCAUAUGGAGUGAGCUUGCUCAUUGCUGGUUGGGACGAGGGUAUUGAGCCAGAAACGCCAGAAGCCCAAGAAGGCCAAACAGAGGCGGAGAAGAAAAAAGCGUCAGGCAAGACGGGAGGCAUUUUGAAAGGCGGCCCCAGCUUAUAUCAGGUUGAUCCCAGCGGGAGCUAUUUUCCCUGGAAGGCCACUGCAAUUGGCAAGAGCGCAACAUCGGCCAAGACGUUCCUCGAGAAGCGCUACACAGAGGGUUUAGAGCUUGAAGAUGCCGUACAUAUCGCCUUGCUUACCCUGAAAGAGACUAUCGAGGGGGAGAUGAAUGGCGACACUAUUGAAAUCGGGAUUGUUGGGCCACCCGCAGACCAUUUAUUAGGCUUUGAAGGAGUAGAAGGUGCUAGAGGCCCCAGGUUCCGAAAACUGACCAAGGAGGAAAUUGAGGACUACCUAACCAACCUAUGA